ACAUAUGUCAGUAUGUGUUUGACAUAAAUAUAUUAUAAAAGUAUGUCUUAAGGCUGAAUAGAAGAAAAAGUCAUUUAUAAGCGACUCCGAUUACUGAAAAUCUAAGGACCGGUUGUACCGUUAUAAUUUUUUUUUUCUCAUUUUGAAUUCUGUUUAUCUACCCAGUAGUUUUUGUUUAAAAAAGUCUUAAAAUGUGCGAUGGCCUUCACAUAUAAAAAUUUUACCAUACAUUUAAAUAUAUAUAACAACUAUACAAGUGUUUGAUUUACAUAUAUCGUAUAUGCAAAUAUUUAAUUAAUUUACCGGCAGUGCCGAAGUUUUUUUAUUUCAAUUUAUUAUCUAGAAAAAUUAUUAAUUAUCUAAGAUGUUUAAUAUUAAAUAUACGUUUAAUUGUUUUGUUAACAAAUGCGGGACGAGAUGUCUGAGUCACGUAAAAAAUUUAUCAAUCGUACAGGAUAUAAAUUUGAAGGAAAUCCCGCUGGUUAAUGAGCCAAUAUUGAGUUAUAAAAAAAAUAGCAGAGAACGUGACGAUUUAAUUGAAACAUUGAAACAUAAAUCCACAGAAUGUCAAGACAUUCCUAUUGUUAUUGGUGAUGAAGAAAUACGCACUGAUAAUAUUAAAUAUCAAGUUAUGCCUCAUGAUCACAGUAAAAAAAUCGCAAAAUACUAUCACGCAAGUACUGAUAUAAUAAAAAAGGCGAUAGAUAAUUCAGUAAAAAGUCAACGAACAUGGGACGCAGUGCCUCUCGAUAAACGAAUCGAUAUCUGGAUGCGAGCCGCUGAUUUGAUGGCAACGAAAUACCGCCAGGAAUUAAAUUCAGCAACAAUUUUGGGACAAAGUAAAACUGCGAUACAGGCAGAGAUAGACAGCGCUGCUGAACUAGUAGAUUUUUUCCGAUUCAACGCUUACUUUUUACAAGAAUCUCUAAAAUACCGUCCGAUUUCGCCAAAGGAAUCAAUAAACUCGAUGCGACAUCGCGGACACGACGGUUUCAUUGCCGCAAUAUCGCCGUUCAACUUCACAGCAAUAGGCGGUAACUUGGCGUACACCCCAGCUCUGAUGGGGAACUCAGUCCUCUGGAAGCCAUCGGACACUGCGAUACUUUCUGGGUGGACUAUUUUUAAAAUUUGCCGCGAAGCCGGCGUACCUGCAGGAGUCGUUAAUUUUAUUCCAGCAGCUGGUCCAGAUUUCGGUGACACGAUAACUCAGUCCCCAUAUCUGUCAGGUAUCAAUUUCACCGGGUCUCCAGCGACAUUCAAUCAUCUCUGGUCCCAAGUAGGCGCCAACAUUCAAACUUACAUCAAUUACCCGAAGCUCUCUGGCGAAUGCGGGGGCAAAAAUUACCACUUCGUUCAUCCAUCAGCCAACACAGAACACGUGGUCUUGUCGACAAUAAGAAGCGCCUUUGAAUACAGCGGACAGAAAUGUUCAGCAUGCAGCAGAAUGUACGUUCCUGAGUCCCUCUGGCCGACAAUACGCGACCGCUUGGUCUCCGUCACCGAAGAACUAAAACUCGGACCAGCCGACGACUUCACCGUCUUCUCCAGUGCGGUAAUUGACGCAGCGGCAUUCAAACGAAUCACUUCGUACAUAAAUUACGCCAAGACUUCACCCAACAACCGGAUCAUCGCCGGCGGGACUUACGACGACUCUGUCGGUUACUUCGUAAGACCCACCGUCAUAGUGACCACCGACCCAAUGGACAAACUGAUGCAAGAAGAAAUAUUUGGUCCCGUUCUCACGAUUUACGUUUACCAAGACCGGGAUCUAGAUUCCGCGAUGAACCUGGUGGAAAAAACUACCCCCUAUGCGCUCACCGGUUCUAUUUUUACUCAAGACCGCGAGUGGGCUGUCGCGGCUCUCGAACAAUUCAAAUACACGGCGGGUAAUUUUUAUGUAAAUGACAAAUCAACUGGGGCCGUAGUUGGACAGCAGCCUUUUGGUGGUCAUCGGAAGUCAGGAACGAAUGACAAAUCCGGCGGACCUGUUUAUGUUCACAGAUGGUCGUCACCGCAAACUAUUAAAGAAACUUUCGUUACAUUAAAUAAUUAUAAGUACGAAUACAUGCAUUAAUAAUAAUUAUAAUUAAUUAAUUAAUUAAUAAGUAUGAAGUAUAUUUUUUUAUUAUUUUUAUUGGACACAAUAAAAAAUAUCUAAUUUACACGAA